AUGGUUGAGAAAAAGAAACGAAAACUAACUCAGAGCUAUUUGUAUUUGUGUUUGAUUGUGCUAGUUUUAACUGUCCAGACAAUAUACACAAAAGUGGAUACAUGUUCGUUGUCUAACUGUGUUGAGGGUAGAUGUAUGAAUGGAUCGUGUGUGUGUGACGUAGGCUGGGCGCCACCUGAAUGUAAACAUUGUACUGGUAGAAUCAGAUUACAAAAUACAGAUGGGAUAAUCUCUGAUGGUCACGGUAACUACUCUGAGGACAAUAAAUGUACGUGGUUGGUAGACACGGGGCGUGAGAACACCUCUUUGUGGUUCCAAUUCCAUCAGUUCUCCACGGAGUGUGGCUGGGACCACCUCUAUAUCUACGACGGGGACUCUGCCUUCUCUCCCUUACUGGCAGCUUUCAGUGGUUUAAUACAUAAAGAUUACACGUCCACUACUGAACUACAAGAGAUCCGAACCAGUUCUGGCAAGGCUUAUCUGUACUUCUACAGCGAUGCUGCGUACAACAUGUCAGGGUUUAAUAUUACGUACAGGACUGGUGGUUGCCCUGAGAACUGCUCAGGGCGAGGGAACUGCUCAGGGGACGUCUGUAUCUGUUACUCGGGGUACCAAGGGGAGGACUGUAGUGAAAUCAUCUGUCCCGAUAAUUGCUCCCUCAAUGGGGACUGUCUCAACAAUCAUUGUCAGUGUCACACGGGAUUCACAGGUGAUGACUGUAGCUUGACAGCUGAUAAGGCCUCCUGGCGACUUAAGUACUUACAGAAUGAGCUCCUAGCCCGUGUGUCUUCUGGAGUUGCAGUAGUUGGGGAGGAUAUAUAUUUAGUUGGGGGAUACUUUUUCAACAAAUCACAAAAAUUUCUUGUUAAGUAUAAAACAUCAUCAAAUGAUCUAGAAUUGGUUAAUCCGGUCUCAGUAGAGAGUCCUCCUCCUCGGUAUGGACACUCAGUGGUGGCGUAUCAGAACAAGUUGUACGUAUUUGGAGGAGUGGAAGGGAAUGAUACGUCUAAAGAUCUGUGGAUUUUCAAUACAACAUCACUUACUUGGUCGGUACAGCAUUACAACAGUACAGUAACUAUACCUAUAGGUGUAGCAGGACAUACAGCCCAUAUUGUUAGGGGAGUCAUGUAUGUUCUCUUUGGUUACAGUCCAAUCUAUGGCUACCAGAAUAGGAUCCAGGAAUACAAUAUAGCUUAUAAGAGGUGGACUUUGUCGCGGACAAGAGGAGCGCUGGUCCAGGGAGGAUACGGUCAUUCUAGUGUUUACUACCCCGCCCUUGAUAAGAUCUAUAUCUACGGAGGAUAUCAUGCCCGCAGUACCUCUAACUAUGAUCUCACAGAUCAACUGUACUCAUUUGAACCAGCUACAAGAACCUGGAUAAAAUUACGUCGUAACCAGCUUCCACGGUAUCUUCACUCGGCCGUCAUUAUUGACGGAAUGAUGAUUGUGUUUGGAGGAAACACCCAUAACGAUACGUCCAUCAGCCUCGGAGCCAAGUGUUACUCACCAGAUGUUUUACAGUACGACAUCAGAUGUAACAAGUGGUCCCUGCUAAACUCCUCUGUACUAGCGUCACACGGUGCUCGUUAUGGUCACUCGGCAGUCACUGUCCAGAGGAAUGGUAAAACAGAGAUGCUGGUGUUGGGAGGGUUUAGUGGCAUAAUGGAACCCAAUGCUCUCCUCUUAUCCCCAGGGAAUUGCUCUUAUUACACGUCUAAAGAGGACUGUUUGAGGUUCGUACAGGAAAGGUCAUGUGUGUGGACAGGGGGGCGAUGUCUGUCCUUGUCUGACCUUGAUCCCAGUAUGGUUGGAGCUGAGGAGAAGCAGUGUGAUCACACCGAAGGUGGUGAUAAGCAAUGCGGUACCUUCACGACGUGCCCCACCUGCCUGUCCACGGCCUUCAACUGUGUGUGGUGUCUCGAUAAAUGUACCGCGGCUGACAAAUGUACUAGCACCAAUCAAAUGCAUCCUGAGUUUGCCGGUGAUCUCUCACAGUGCUCCAGUCAGGGGGAACAACCCUGCUCUGAACAACACAGAUGUCAGGGGUGUAACUCCUUCCCUGACUGUCAGUGGAGGUCUGAUGGAUGUAAACCUGUCUCCCAGGAAAAAGACAACAACAAAAAUGAGAAAAAUGUCACUGAUACAUUUAAUAACUUUGAUGACCCUGAAAAGACUCAGUGUCCUACACCUUGCUACAUGAACAAGACAUGUGAGACCUGUACGUCACAAAAAUGUAUGUGGUGCAGUAACCAACAGAAAUGUGUGGAAACCAACGCCUAUGUGGCCACAUUUAUAUACGGCCAGUGUAUGGAAUGGACCACAGACAAAUCUAAAUGUCCAGCAACUCGCUGCUCUGAUCUUCACUCUUGUAAGGAUUGUCAAUCUAACCCUUUGUGUGGGUGGUGUAACGAUCCCAGCAACACAGGGAUUGGUCGAUGUAUGGAGGGUGGAGCCUCAGGACCUGUCAAUCAAACUGAUCACCAGCUCACUGACCUUAGCAAAUGUCCAGCCAAUCAAUGGUUUUUUAUCAACUGUCCAGAUUGUCAGUGUAAUGGACACAGCACGUGUCUGAAUGUGACGGGAGUGUGUGACAGUUGCCAGAACAUGACGGAGGGGAAGUCAUGUGAGAGAUGUAUUGAUGGUUACUAUGGUGAUACCAGUAAUGGUGGGAGUUGUUCUGUAUGUCAGUGUAAUGGACAGGCAGACUAUUGUGAUCAGAAGAAUCGUGCGUGUCACUGUAGAACAAGGGGAGUCAUUGGAGAUCAAUGUGAAAAGUGUGAUGAACCCCAUAAAUAUUUUGGAAAUCCAUAAACAGGAACAUGUCAUUAUAACUUGAUAGCGGACUAUCAGUACACCUUUAAUCUUUCCAAACCAGAGGAUAGGCCAUACACCCAGAUCAACUUCAUGAGCAACCCAUACUUCAGUCAGCGUGAUGUGGACUUUGCUCUAAAAUGCUCGGAUAUAGCCUACUUCUAUGUAACAAUGAAAAAAAAAUCUACGGGUGACAGGGAGAUAAUGAUUGUCAAACAACGUCCAUGCCAUUACUUUCGGGCAAGGUUUUACCACUGGGAAUAUUUCUUUGGACCCAAGGAAAACACAACAUUCUUCGUAUAUGUUUAUGAGUUUAAAUCUCCGUUCUGGCUACGGGUAUCUUUUUCACGGGUUCCCAUCUUUAGUUGGGGAAUAUCAUCGACAGCAGGAAGUAUCUCCUCUAUUGGCAUCGGAUUCCUUUCCUUCAUUUGUUUGAGCACAUUGCAUUACUUCAGCAAAAUGUUUCUUUAGACUUUAAAAAUAUCAAAGCCAUGACCAAAAUUGUAUUUCAUAAUCAGAAACACAUGUCAUAUUAAUGAAGAGCAGAAAAUCUCUAUUUUUGGCAGUAUAAAUGGUCAAAAGACAAUUUGAACCUCUUGGUCGCUGUGUUAAGACAUUAAACCUAAUGUUGAAUCUUUUAAGCCUUGACGUAAUCACUGCACAAUGACUUUGAAUUGAUUGUUACGGCUUCAUUUUCUAUGUGAGAAGUGUAGUCAGCAGUCAUAUACAUGUCUAUGCAUCCGGUAAAGAAAUAAAGUUAAGCAUUUGUUUUCA